AAACACGGGACAAGGCAACGUCGCCGCCAUAUUGAAUGUGUACGUUUGAAGGAUUUGGCUUUUCGUGGAAAAUAUCAUCACGCUCAUGUAUGAUACGUUUUAAAAAGGCUCCCCAUUUAUGUAGCCACAAAGAGACAACAAGCAUUCACACUGUCGCGCUCAUUUUGGGGGGUUAUCUUAUCGUUCAGCUGUUCUCCACUCGUUCGGCGGGUGGCGGUAAUGCGUCUGGAGGCUGCUUGAAACGUCAACCGCAAGGGAAGAAGCAGCAGCAGCAGCAGCAGCAGCAGAAGAAACUCCGCCUCACGUCAUUUGUGUUUAAUUGGAUCGCAGUACAGGAAUUUCGGAACGUUUCCACACCAAAUGUUGUUUAUUCGUAGCAGGGGCAUGUCGUAAACUGCGGCCAAGUCGUUAACGUGGAUAGUAGGACUCCUGUAUGAGUCAAGACGAUGGCCACGCCGACCAAGACGCCGCCCGGGGCAGACCCGAAGCAGCUGGAACGGACCGGCACCGUUCGGGAGAUCGGCUCACAGGCGGUGUGGUCGCUGUCCUCCUGCAAACCAGGUUUUGGCGUGGACCAGUUGAGGGACGACAACCUGGAGACAUACUGGCAAUCGGACGGAUCCCAACCGCAUCUGGUCAACAUCCAGUUUAGGUACGAGGUACGCUCGGGGACGCCGUGUCCCUUUUGUGCACCAGCUUUUUUUCUUCUCACGGCUGCAUCCAGGAGGAGGACCACGGUGAAGAUGUUGUGCAUUUACGCCGACUACAAGUCGGACGAGAGCUACACGCCGAGCAAGAUCUCCGUCAGAGUGGGGAACAACUUUCAUGACUUGCAUGAAGUCAGGCAGUUGGAGAUGGUGGAGCCCAGCGGCUGGAUCCACGUGUCGCUCCUGAACCAGCGGACCAACGAGCCCGUCCGGACGUUCAUGAUCCAGAUCGCCGUGCUGGCCAACCACCAGAACGGCCGAGACACGCACAUGCGGCAGAUCAAAGUGUACACGCCGGUGCAGGAAAGCUCCGUGGGGAAGUUCCCACCGUGCACCACCGUGGACUUCAUGAUGUACCGAACCAUCAGGUGAUCGGCGAGCCGUCACCUUCCGUGACUUCGAGGCCUUUAAUUAGCUCGAUUUGGUUUGUAUUUACUUUGAAUUGUUUGCCAGAGCUGCGAAUGUGCCUCAUCCCAAUAAACCUUUUCCUCCUC